AUGUGUAUUUCAACUUUUCGUUAUUAUUUCAGAGUUCCUGUCGCUGCCAAACUGCGGGAAUUGAUAUCAAAGCUUCUGUUCCUGGGAGUUCUUAGCAGGAAUUUCACUCUCGGCAUCAACAAGUGAGUGCUUUGAGUUUGCAAGUCUUCAGCUUCCUAGAUUUCUGGCCUUUUUACCUUUAAUCUCUUUCUAUUAUAGAGAAGAUCAAGGUUACCCCAAUCUAAAAUUAUCAACGCGGACAAUGGGAAUCCUGGUUUGUUUGGUAACUGAUCUUUUGUGGAAAUUCGAUGGGGGGUAUAGGCGUUGAGACGUAUUUUGCGUAAACCGCUGACACUUCAACCGAAUUUACACAAUAAAUCAGGGAACAGAGAAACGUAGGAAUACCACGCUAAUUCGGGUACUUUUCAAAUUAGAACCUUAUGCUAACUUCUUAGUUUCUUCCUAUCUCUACAGGUGAUUGUAGCACGCUUUGGGAUUGCAAAGAAAACUCUAUUGACCAUGAUUCUAUUUUUUUCCGCUUUCUUUUUUAAAGAGAAGAAGGUCCACAUUUCUCCGAUCUAAAAUUAUCAGAGCGGACAAUGGGAAUCCUGGUUUGUUUGGUAACUGAUUUUUUGUGGAAAUUCGACGGGGUGUAUAGGCGUUGAGACGUAUUUUGCGUAAACCGCUGACACUUCAACCGAAUUUCCACAAUAAAUCAGGGAACAGAGAAACGUAGGGAUACCAAUCCAAAAUUAUUGACGUGGACAACGGGAAUCCUGGUUUGUUUGGUAACUGAUUUUUUGUGGAAAUUCGACGGGGUGUAUAGGCGUUGAGACGUAUUUUGCGUAAACCGCUGACACUUCAACCGAAUUUCCACAAUAAAUCAGGGAACAGAGAAACGUAGGGAUACCAAUCCAAAAUUAUUAACGUGGACAACGGGAAUCCUGGUUUGUUUGGUAACUGAUUUUUUGUGGAAAUUCGACGGGGUGUAUAGGCGUUGAGACGUAUUUUGCGUAAACCGCUGACACUUCAACCGAAUUUACACAAUAAAUCAGGGAACAGAGAAACGUAGGGAUACCACGCUAAUUCGGGUACUUUUCAAAUUGGAACCUUAUGCUAACUUCUUAGUUUCUUCCUAUCUCUACAGGUGAUUGUAGCACGCUUUGGGAUUGCAAAGGAAACUCUAUUGGCCAUGAUCUAUUUUUACCGCUUUCUCUUUUAAAGAGAAGAAGGUCCAUAUUUCUCCGAUCUAAAAUUAUCAGAGCGGAUAAUGGGAAUCCUGGUUUGUUUGGUAACUGAUUUUUUGUGGAAAUUCGACGGGGUGUAUAGGCGUUGAGACGUAUUUUGCGUAAACCGCUGACUCUUCAACCGAAUUUCCACAAUAAAUCAGGGAACAGAGAAACGUAGGGAUACCAAUCCAAAAUUAUUAACUUGGACAACGGGAAUCCUGGUUUGUUUGCUAACUGAUUUUUUGUGGAAAUUCGACGGGGUGUAUAGGCGUUGAGACGUAUUUUGCGUAAACCGCUGACACUUCAACCGAAUUUCCACAAUAAAUCAGGGAACAGAAAAACGUAGGGAUACCAAUCCAAAAUUAUUAACGUGGACAACGGGAAUCCUGGUUUGUUUGGUAACUGAUUUUUUGUGGAAAUUCGACGGGGUGUAUAGGCGUUGAGACGUAUUUUGCGUAAACCGCUGACACUUCAACCGAAUUUACACAAUAAAUCAGGGAACAGAGAAACUUAGAGAUACCACUCCAGUUUUGGUACUUUUGAAAUUGGAAACUCAUACUCGAGAUAUAAUAACCAUAAGAUACCCCUCUCAUUGAGAUUCUUUUGAAAGCAAAAACGUAUUCUAACUUUCUAGUUUCUUUUUAUUUCUACAGGUGAUGGUUGAGCACAUUUUAUUCUCAGAUUUCUAACCCUUUUCCUUCAUUGUCUCCAGUGCUGUUGUUUUAGAUCGGCCACAACACUGGGCUUUGUAGGCUUUGACUUUUAUUCAGUCUUUCUAGGUCAAAGCGAAGAUGUUCAUAAUUGGAGCUAAAAUUAUUAGGUGGAGAUUUGGAAUCCUGAAUCCUGACUGACCACAGACGUCUGCUUUUGGUUGAACUGUUGUUAUCUUCGAGUUUUAUAGUUUGGCUGGUAUGAGUACAUUACGCUAUGAAUUUCUGUUUUAGAAAGGUCUUUUAUAACAUAUACUAUCACAAUUCCCUUAGUAACGGCUGGCUUUUUUUAUAAGAGGCCAUAUCUCAUUAAGAUGUUUUUUGGACUUCAAGCAAAGCAAAGCCAUCGUUUUUUCGUGAUCGUUGACUUUCAACAGAUUCUUAUCCCUCAUUUUAUCUGAAUAACUAGGCUCGAAAUAUUCUUUUAUAACUCUUAAAUUGAAGACUUGUAUCAUUUCUGGUUCAUGAUGUAUUGGGGUAGCAAUGUACCUUUUUUCGAACUGAUAUUAGCAUUGAACAUUUGACUUUGUUAACGGUGCAGUUUUUUUGAAGUUUGCUUGCUAGUUUUUUUUGUUUAGAGAAAUGGUCAAUUAUAUCAGAUAAGUUUAUUAACAGGUUUUCAACACAAACUAAUAAAUCCUGUUGAAAAUCUCAGUCUCAGAUUUCGUUAGCGAUAUUUUAUAAAAUAUGUUCUGGUAAAAAAGAAAGAGUGUAGUCAUAGCGCCUCAACCUUAAUAAAUUAUUUUUAACUUUUAAAGAAAUUGUAAAGAAAUGUUUGAUUUGGAAAAUCUCCUUCGGUUUGGUAUUUUUUCCAUGUGUACGCUCAUCAAGGAUUGUUUCUAUUUUUAUUAUUUCUCUUUUGUUUAUACAAGUAUUCAGAAUAAUGAUUUCUGGCCCUGUUUUCUAACAGGUACGAGUGUUGCCAUUUUGAAUUUAUUGUUUGCCCUGCACAUGAAGUCUUCCCGUGUUAUAAUGCGGUACUACUAGACAUGGAUGAACUGGUAAGUUUUUGCUACCUUUCAACUUGCUUUAUCCGCAAGGAAAAUCAACUUAUUUGACUUAAUUUUAGUGUGUAAUUUUAGGCCGUUUGUACAUUCUUGUUUGCUGGGCUGUAGUCGUGUUUACGUUUUAUUAAUAAGCCGUGAGUUUUUGUUGUAAACUUGUUCAUAAGCGAAAGUUUUUAACGAGUAAACGGCUUGGUGGAUAUGUGAUAUACGUCAGCAAACCUUAAUUACACAGUAAGCCAAGCUUAGGGUUAUGAAAUUAAGUUAAAUUAAUGUGUUUUCAAUUUACGCAGAGAUGAUUAAUCAAACUAAUUAUUUUUUUUUCUCUCAAUUUGUUUUCAAAUACUUUUUACAGUGGAAACAGGGCGAGAGCUCCAAACCAACAGACCCCAGUAAAAAGUGCCUCAAGGAUCAGGUACCGCUGAAACUAUGAGAAAGUAUGUUUACUCUUGUUUUCCUGGCCUUGUUUACAAUGAAUGUCAAGUUACUUUGCUUAUCUUACAAAUUUACUCUUCUAUAAGUGUACCAUAACAGCUACUGCAAAAAGCUGCUACCCUGAAAGUGGUGAAAUGUAUCAAAUAACUUUAGAAAAACUGUUAUUAAUUCUUACCUCAGAGUUCACCUUUUUUUAACUUAACUCACUGUAUGAUUCAGAAGAUUAUAUUAUUGACAAUACAGCUAUCCAAACGAAUUGUCUUGGUUAGCCUUCAAAUGCUAUCUUAGAUAUGAGACUAAGCAGCCUACAGAGUUAUAAGAGUCAACGUCAGUAAGAAUCGGAGAUAAUCCCAAAAUCGCGGACACAGCUCAAAAUUCGUUUUCGCUGAUACUUUUUACGUUGAUAGGGUUUUGUAUCAUAGUUAACAAAAGAGGGUUAAUUUGGUCUAAUUUUUAAUAUAUAAGGAGUGCACUCUUUCUUUUUUCUUAGACUUUUGUUUUUCUGGCCCAUGGUGAAUAUUCUUAUUUUUCUCCCAAUUUUAGGCUCAAAAUAUUGUUGUAUUACUCUUAAAUUGAAGCUUGUGUAAUUUCCGGUUUAGGUAUGAGACUAAGGGGCCGUCUACAGAGUUGUAACAGCUAAUUUAUAAUUUCUCCUUGUUUUUUGAGGAUCUGCCAAAGCAAAAGAACCAGAGAAAGAAAGUGGAAGAGGAAGAU